CGUUUAUGCACAAUGCCGAGACUUGGCCAUAUCUCAUCCACAUAGAGAUUGCCAAAAACACAACAGCUCGACCCAUCAAACAAUUCUUCCAUUAACGAAAGAUGUCAUUGGCUUCACCUAGAAUUCUUAAUCCAUCUUCUUCUUCUUCCACAACUUCGUCGUCUUUCAGAUUCUCAGCGAUUAAGCCAUGUGUCUUCGUCAUCAGAUGUUCUCAGGCAGAAGGUCCAUUGAGAAGACCCUCUGCUCCUCCUACUCUCCGCGAGCCUUCACCUCCUCCUCCAUCCCCGCCCCUGCAGAAAUCGGUGGCUGUUGAUGGUGAGGGUGUAACUACAGUGGAGUUUCAGAGGCAGAAGGCCAAAGAGCUUCAGGAAUACUUUAAGCAGAAGAAGCUUGAAGCUUCUGGUCAAGGUCCCUUCUUUGGUUUCCAACCCAAAAACGAGAUCUCCAAUGGAAGGUGGGCUAUGUUUGGUUUUGCGGUUGGAAUGCUUACAGAGUAUGCCACAGGCUCAGACCUUGUCGACCAAGUUAAAAUCCUUCUCUCCAACUUUGGAAUUAUAGACUUGGAAUAACAAGAGUUUUCUUCAUUCUUCUUCCUGUGUAUGUGUGUAUCUCUAAAGAUCUUCAAAUACAUGGCCAUUUGUGUAUUCAGCCACUUUUUAUCUUCAAGUCAUAUAAUUAUGAACUGUU